GGUUGCGGAAGUAGAGCGGAAGCCGGGCAUCUCCUCUUCUCGAACCAUGCUUGAAUGGAGGUGACCUUAGUUUUUAUCAAAUAGGAAAGUAAAACAAAUUGGGCAAAGCUCUCCCUCCUUCGCUGAGGUGAAUCACGAGAGUCAGGUCCGGUUUGGAUUCCAAGUUGUCUUGAAUAUCAGUGAAGACUGUAGCAGAACAGCAGAAGUAACAGAUAUGGCAGAAGCACAUCAGAUGCGCAUGCAGAAUGAGGUGGAAGAAAUGGUCCAGAGCCUGGAGAGGGACCACAUCCGUAAAAUGCAGGGUCGCAUGUUCAGCUGCAGUGCAGAGUGCUGUGACCGUCCCUCAGACUCCAUGUCUCAGGUGCAUCAGUGUAUCGACAGGUGUCACACUCCCCUGGCCAAAGCCCAGGGACUGGUCACCUCAGAGCUGGAGAAGUUUCAGGACCGUCUGACCAGAUGCACGAUGCACUGCAACGAUAAGGCGAAGGAUCUCUUCGACUCUGGUGCUAAGGAGCCGGCGGUUCGAUCGCUGGUGGAGCGGUGCGUGGGCAGCUGUGUGGACGACCACAUCAACCUGAUCCCCAGCAUGACCCGCAGACUCAAAGAGAACUUGGACUCUAUACCACAGUGAGGACGACUACGGCCUGUCCUAUAGACGGCCUGAGUUCUUUGCACUCACAUCAAAGCUGGUGCGGGGUUAAUAAACUCAGCCAGUUUGAGCGUGAAACAACAGAAGAACAGGGGGCUGGAACACCAUGAAGGGUGG